CCUUAUUAAAUGCAUACUUAUUUGAUUCAUUAGCCUAGUUUACACCGCGAGUACCAAAUAUUCAAUACGCGGACCCAAUCCCCUAUUCUCAAACUCAACGUGCGCGAGUUGACAAGUUUACACGUAAAUUAUUCCAAAUUGUGACUUAAUAGGUUUGAGAAUAAUGUAGAGGUUUUAGUCCGCGUACUGAAUAUUUGGUACUCGCGGGGUAAACGUAGCUAUUGAAGGUAUGCGGUCUUAUCACUUUAUUUAUUUUGCAUGUACGCAAAAGAAAUGUUCUGGUUCAUAAAUAUUUUUGUCAGUUGAUUGUUGUUGAAGUGUGCGUAAACGUAAAAUUUCACAAAUUAUGGAAUACCCUGUGUGUGAACUGGCAGAUAUGCAUUUUAUUUAUGGAAGAGCAAACGGAAACGGUCUUUUGGCUAAGCGCUUGUAUGUCCAAAAAUAUCCAAAUCGCAGGGCACCUUCUCACCGGAUAUUUGCGAGAAUUCAUCAGCGCCUAAGAGACACAGGUUCAUUUGGACAUAGAAACCAAGACCGUGGCCGGAACUUGAUGGUACGUACACCUGAUGUUGAGGAGCGCAUUUUAGCACAUGUAGAGGAAGAUCCGGGGAUAUCUGUAAGGAGAAUUGCAGCGCGGGAAAACGUGAGUCGCCAUUCUGUGUGGAUGACUCUUAAGACUCAACUCCUGCAUCCGUAUCACAUCCAAAGGGUACAAGCUCUUGCUCCGGCAGACUAUCCCGCUCGAGUCAUCUUCUGUCGUUGGUUAUUAAGAAAACAGGUACAAGAACCCCUUUUUUUGGCAAAUAUUUUAUGCACGGAUGAAGCUGGGUUUACAAGAAAUGGAAUUUUCAAUUACCAUAAUACACAUCACUGGUCCGAUGAGAACCCUCAUGCUGUUGUGGAAAGUCGACACCAAAUUCGAUUCUCAGUUAAUGUUUGGGCGGGAAUUCUUGGCGAUAGACUUAUUGGACCAUUUUUUCUACCCCCGAGGCUAAAUGGUCAAAGUUACCUUAAUUUUCUAAUACAUGAUCUACCAGCACUUUUGGAGGAAGUUCCCAUAGCACAGAGGCAGAUCACGUAUUUUAUGCAUGAUGGUGCACCAGCUCAUUUUCCGCUAGCGGUGAGGAAUCAUUUAAACCAAGUUUUUGAGAGGUGUUGGAUAGGACGUGGUGGUCCACAAGCUUGGCCAGCAAGAUCACCAGAUCUUAAUCCAUUAGAUUUCUACUUCUGGGACCACUUGAAAACUUUGGUUUACUCAGUGCCGAUUAAUACUGAAGAGCAACUACGUCAACGCAUUAUCGACUGUUCCAAUCAAAUUCGUACAAUCCCAGGGAUAUUCCACAGGGUACGCAGAUCAUGGAGAAGAAGAGCAGAUGUCUGCAUUGAAAUGAAUGGUGGUCACUUUGAACAUUUACUAUGAAUGAAUUAAGAAAUGCAUUAUUUUAAUAAGGAAUUUUGGUAAUUGGUUUAUUUCGUUUUUUAAAGCAAUAAGAUGUUUUAAAAA